AUGGAUAUUUCAGGGCCGGAGGUUUGGUAUGGAAACUUACCAAAUGUAACCAAGUAUUUAAUAACCCUAAUUUUUUUAGUGACCCUUCUCAUAACAUGCAACCUCCUAAAUGUUGUGUACCUUUUACUGGAUUGGAAUUUGAUAUAUAAUAAUUACCAACUGUGGAGAAUAUUUUUUAACUUUAUGUACGUGGGGAAAUUUUCGCUUUCUUGGGUUUUUUUUAUGUCUUUAUUGGCCCAGUUUUCUUCCUCCCUCGAGAAGAACGCAGUGUUUUCCAGCCCAGGGUCAUACUUGUACUUCAUCACCAUUCAGUGCACCUCCUUAUCGCUCAUAAGCAUUUUGUUCUAUUGGCCCAGAGGCUACCCCUUCUUGGGAAACUCCCUUCUGUUUGCCAUCAUUUACUACUGGUCCAGGAGGGAGGCGUGGAGUCAAGUGUCCAUUUACUUCUUCACGGUGAAAGGCUACCAGUUACCCUUCGCACUUAUUUUCCUUCACCUUAUCAUGGGACAAUCCCUCUGGGUGGACAUUAUGGGUCUCAUGUCCGGUCAUAUCUACUACUUUUUUAGGGAGCUUCUUCCGAGGGAAGGAGGACCAAAUUUGCUCGAAAAGACGCCCAAGAUUUUCGAUAAAAUCAUGAUGAAGCUCAGGGAGUUUCGCCUAAAUCAGGGAAUAAGGGGAAACUUUUCGAGGUACGGGUACAGACCGGUGAGCGACUCCAGAACGCCUGAAAGUUCAGGGCCCACUAGGAGAGUCUUCAUUGGACGGGGAGUCAGAUUGGGUGACAGUUGA